CUUCAGGCCAUAAAAGUGAAGGGAGAGAACAAAAGGCACAGAGGAGUAUAAAUCCCCAGCAGGGAUUCUCUACUCACUGACAGGCACCAGGCAGCUCCUCCGCACAUACACACAGGAAAGAGAGAGAGAGAAACACUCAGGCAGAGAAAGAGAGACACAAAGAAAGUAGAACAAAGAGUCUGCUGCCAUAGACAGUAGUAACUACUACCUCUAUCAUACAACCUGUGCUCUACUCUGAGAAUGCAUCUCCUCAUGAUCCUGCCUGCCCUGUGCCUACUACUAGGAGUACAAACAUCACCUUUACCUCAGGGGACCUCCCAACACACCGUACAGGACCAGAAGCACUCCUCGGUAAAACCAAGGCCGUGGACACGUAACACUCAUACAAAGGGAUUGCUCCGACCUCACAAUUCAUGGAAUCCCCCUCGCUGUGGAGUUCCUGAUAUUCCUGCCCCCCCAGAUUCCUCAGGACGUAACAGACAAAAACGCUUUGUACUCUCUGGUGGACGCUGGGAAAAGACCAACCUAACAUACAGGAUUAUCCGCUUCCCAUGGCAGCUCAGUAAAGUGAAGGUACGAAGGACUCUUGCUGAAGCACUGAGAGUAUGGAGUGAGGUGACCCCUCUGACGUUCACUGAGGUGUAUGAAGGGCGGGCUGACAUUGUUAUUGAUUUUACACGGUACUGGCAUGGAGACAACCUGCCUUUCGAUGGUCCUGGGGGCAUCCUUGCACAUGCUUUCUUUCCAAAGACACACAGAGAGGGAGAUGUACAUUUUGACUAUGAUGAAGCUUGGACCAUUGGUAACAGUAUAGGCACAGAUCUUCUGCAAGUAGCUGCUCAUGAGUUUGGACAUGUGCUGGGCUUGCAACAUUCCUCAGUCUCCAAGUCACUGAUGUCUCCAUUUUACUCUUUCCGUUACCCACUCAGUCUUAGUGCAGACGAUAAGCAAGGCAUUCAGUAUUUGUACGGAGCACCGCAUCCCCCAACCACAGCUCCAACUCCACAGCCAGAAGGCAAUCAGCCAGAACCUGAGAGCAAUGAGAUCCCUUUUUCAGAGCCUGAUGCCUGUUCUACAGAUUUUGAUGCUGUAUCCACAAUCCGUGGGGAGCUGUUUUUCUUCAAAUCUGGCUAUGUAUGGCGCCUUAGAGGAGGUAAACUGCAAAGUGGUUAUCCAGCUUUGGCUUCCCGACACUGGAAAGGAAUCCCUGAGUCUGUGGAUGCUGCUUUGGAAGACACGGCUGGGAACAUCUGGUUCUUUUAUGGACCGCGAUAUUGGAUUUUUGAUACAAAGCUCCAAGUCACAGGCCCAUUUAAAAUAUCAGACCUUGGAUUGUCUAUAACCAGCAUUCAAGCCUCCUUUUUAUGGGGUACUGACAAGAACAAGAAAACAUACCUAUUUAGAGGAACAGGGUAUUGGCGAAUAAAUACUGAUACCCGUCGUGUGGAAAGUUGGCACUCACGCAGUAUGAGUGAUUGGAGAGGAGUACCUCCAGGAAUAAGUGCUGCAUUCCAGGAUGAACAUGGUUUUGCCUACUUUUUGAGGGGCAGAUACUACUGGAAGUUUGACCCAGUACAGGUGAGAGUUAUGGAGGGUUAUCCACGUUUGGUCAGCCAGGAUUUCUUCAACUGUCCUGCAACGUCUUCUUCAGUCAAUUCAUUACGAUGAAGCUGAAUUCUAAUACUGUUGGAAUAACUUCAAUGGGACACUAACUUUCCUCAUGGUUCACCUAUUCUGGCAAGGUUCUGAUGGCCCUCAUGCCCCAGAUUGUACUGCAAUGUAUAAAGACAAGAGGAGACCAGUCUUUUCUUUUUGUUGUAUUCUGGUCUUAUGUUUUGUUACCCAACGAUCUUCUUACACAGCAGACAGGUUUUCACACUUCAGGUACUGUACAAAGUUUACUAAAGGGACAUUGCUACCCUAUGUCAAGUCAUUUUAUAUAUUGGCAUGACAGGCGAAAAACUGACAUGGUAUGUCAAUGAAUGAAGCAGCUUGCAGUUGUGUGCGGUAUUACACAUUCAGCUCUCUUCUACAGUGUUCAGAUUUACACAAGGUCACUGAAAUGGCAUCUAAAUCUAUAUAAGGAUCACUGCCCUUGCAAAAUGUUUUUACAGUGUUACGCUCCCUUCAAUGGACAAAUCAAACAAGGCUUGCAACUGAAAAAUCAUGAAGUGAUCAUUCAAUCAUUCAUUGCAGUGGAAUGCGUAUGUUUCUGGAGCCAAUGAAGAUUUUACAGCAACUUAAAGCAGUGCCAAAAAGACUUUUAAUUUAAUAUUAGUGUAUGUAUAAAGCCAUUACCUCUAUAAGUGCUGGUCACUGACCUGAUGAGGGUUAUGGUUCAGUAUUGCUAAUACAUGUUACUGUCUGGAAACAGCAAAUGUUGUCCUUGCUAAUUACAAUUUUGUACUACGGUAAACUAUAUUUGACAAAUUACUUCUUAUUAUGUUGAUUUAUGGCUGGAUACCUUCACAUGGUGCUUACAAUUUAUUGCCUGAGCAUUCUGUAUAAUUAUUCUUCUGCAAAUUAAACUCAACUUAGUAGAGUAAAAAGACAGAAGCUGAUUGGAAAACAUGCCAACCAAAAUGGGUAAAAAAAGUUGCAUUUCCUGUAUACUAGCUAACAGAGAUGACCAAACUGACCUGCAAAGGUUCAGAUUUGAUCGGGAUUGGACCAAUUUGCAAUAAUAAAAUCCUAACUGGACAUAAUUUAGUUUACUAAAGCAGUGUGUCUAAUUUACAAUUACAUCAUGAACAAAAUAUUAAAAAAAUUGACAUUACAUAACAUAUUAAAGCUUUCAUGACAUUAUAGAUAUUAGGUUUAUCUGUUUUAAAUCCAAAAUGUUUCAACAUCUGUAAGGUCCUCCCUUUAAAUAACCACUUGGCACACCAGCAUUGGGCUCCCCUCAAGUUCUUACUAAGCACGGAUGGCUCAGAAGGUGGUGUGGGUAUUAGGAGCUUAUUUCUGUUUGACCAUUCUUACAGAAAUGCAUAUGUGAGGUCAGGCACUAGUGCUGGACAAGGAGGCC